AUGCUUACAGUAAUUGCUAAAUGUCAAUAUGCUGCUGAAAUUUGGAUUACACUUGGAAAGGAAUUCCUUACUAAAUCUAGAGCCAAAACAUUGCAUGUUAAAAGUUUGUUACAGAACGCUAAAAAGGAUGGUCUUAGCAUGCAUCACUAUUUCCUUAAGAUAAAAGGGUUUGCCAAAAUUUUAUCGGCUAGUGGAGUUAGUGUCACAGAUGAAGAACUUCUAAACUACAUAUUAGAUGGCCUUGAUUCAGAUUAUGAUGCUGCAGUAGUCAAUAUAACCUUUAAGUUAGAAUCAAGACUUAAACCAAUUCCCAUUCAAGAAGCUCAAAUCAUCCUACCAAGGCUGGAAAAGGCAAAUUUUGCUUUGAAUUCAGUUGUUCAUAAUGAGUUUCAUGGAGUUUCAGCCAAUGUUGCUAGCCUUGCCAUAGAUACUAGCAAUAAGAAACCUCAAUUACUUCAAGAUGCUCAAAAUCUUGUUGGAAAAACUCAGUAUAAUACAUUACCUCAACCUAAUCAACCACAUCACAGUUUCACUUUACCAUAUGCUUUACCUACUCAAAACUAG